UAUGUGACAUAAAGAGAUGUACAUGACAAGACCUCUUUCAGUUUACCGGAAUUGCCCUUCUGCUCUCUCAAUACAGGCACCAGAGGCUCCAUUUUCAGGUUACUUAGUUGUUAGGGAUGAGGAAUCAGAAGCACAAGACACCUUUUGUUGGGGUGUUCUGAAGACGAAGAGAGUUACAAAACUACCCUUUCCUCAAGAUCAGAUCCUCAAGGUUGUUCACUCAUCAGAGCAUGAAGGUCAGACUUCUGUUACAAAAGUUUGGUUCAUCCCAGUUCUUGAUCAACCACUCUCAUCCAACCGCUACUAUGUCAUCAGAGCCAAAGGCAAAUACAAAGGGAAAGUUUGUGCAUGUUCAAGUGAGGAUGACAUAGGUAGAUGUUGCUUUAGUGAAGCAAUUAUAGAUGUAAAACCAAGACCCUUCGAUCACAGAGACAUAUACCAACAAGUUGAGAUUCACUGUCAUCACAAUAACGGUGCCUUCUACGCCAAGUCUAUUGCUCGUGAUGGUUUCCCUCCAAAAUUCCUAAGAAGAAAAGGAUGGGAAGUUCACACCUCCAAUUCAUUCCAUCUUCAACUGAGAGAAGCUCAAGGCCUCAACACCCCUCGACUAUUGCACCUCCCGGAUUUCAAUUUCCCUUUACCUCGUACUCGUUCAGCUCCAGUUGUCAUCGGAAAAUGGUACUGUCCAUUUGUGUUUGUGAAGGAGGAAUUGAAACACAAGGAUCAAAUGAAAAGAUCUUCGCUUUACGAAAUGGCACUUGAGCAAUGGUGGGAGGAGAUAUAUUCAAGCGAAAAUGAAAACAACGAAAGCAAUACUGUGACGGUGAAUGCAAGUGUUCAGAGAGAAGAGUCUCUGGUCUAUGGCAUGGAAGCUGUGAAAGAUGAUCAGAGAGAAGGUGAUGAUGGAUUUAUGUGGUUUAGAGUCCAUGACCAAUGUAGGAGGAGAAGGGUGGGUGUGGGCUUGAGUUUAGCAAUUGUUGAGAAAAUGAGAUGGGUGGAAGAGAGAGGAGGGUGGGUUGGUGGGGGAGAGAGGAAUGUGAGAGUGGAAAGGGGGGGAGAGAGGAAUGUGAGAGUGGAAAGGGUGGAAGAGAAUAGAAGUGAGAGUGGGUGGCAAAGGUUUGGUUGUUAUGUUUUGGUACAGAGUUUUGUUUUGAGGAGGUUGGAUGGACGUUUGUUGCUGAAUUGUAAAUUUAGACACAUUCAUAAGAUUAAGUGCAAAUGGGAUUGAAAUAUAUUACAGUUUGUGC